AUGUACACUAUUGUUCCUGGAACAUCAGUUGUUGUGACAUCUACUGAGCCACUCGUUGAAACAUCAGUUACUACAUACGAAGUCACUACAGAGGUUGAGCAACCACCAUCUACAAGCCAACCUACUCCUGAGAUCAACAACACUAUUCCAACGGAAGGAGCACCUGAUUACACACCUUCAAGUGUUCUUACCGUGAUGAUAUCCACAACUGGACCUAAGGGAAGUGGUUCCACUACUACCUCAGGUCAAAUGGUACCUGUUUCUAGCCAAACUAGCGUACCAUCCGAUGCCAUAGUUACAACUUACGAGGGUAAAGCCUCUCAACAGCAUAUUAUGGGAUUGAGCGCCAUUCUUGUUAUUCUCCCACUUCUUUUGGUUUAA